AUGACAUUUGUGUCACCUAUAAAUACAAUUACACUUGAUUGUUCGAGUAAUGUAUUACCCAAUGCUAUUUUACUUGCGGAUGUUGAUAUGAAUAAAAGUAAUGAAUUAUUAAUUGGUACACAGGAUGGUGAAUUAUUAAUAUUUAAAUCUUUUCGAAAUCAAAAUAAUGUUCAAUUAUGGCGUCGAGCACUUGGACUUGGAUUUAUAACAGCUAUUGCUGUUGGUCCUGUUGCUGUGAAUACGAAUGAACCUCGACCAAUAAUUUGUGUAGCAAAUGCUGAAGGUGCCAUUCAUUUGUUUCUUCUACGAUCUGCUGGACAAAGAAGUCGUGUACGUAGUGCAGGUGGAACUUUACAUAGUGGUAAUCGAAAUGAUUCGAAAAUGCAAUUAUAUAGUUCAACAAACAUGUCAAUAGCAACACCAAAUGAUGAUGAACAGCAACAAAUUCCAGUAGCAUUUAGUCAACAAUUGAUUUGUAAUCCAAAAAUACUACUUAUUCAAGAAUAUAAUGAGAAUGAAAAACAAUUAAUAAUUAGUUAUUGUGAUAGAACAAUUCGUAUAUUCACAUCAAUAAUUAUGGAAGAAUUUGAUGGUCGAUUAUCCGGUCGAUUCGUAUUGAAACAUGCUUUUAAUAUUGCUGAUCAGAUUCAUACAAUAAGUUCUAGACGAUUAUCAAAUAAAGACUAUGAACUUAUUGUUUCACAGCCAUGUGGCAAUCUUCUUCGAUUCAAUCCUAAUGAUGAAAAUAGUCGAGUCUUAGCAACGGACAUGUGUGAUUAUACAUCAUCAGGAUGGACAGAAGCAAUCGCACUUGACAAAUUUUUAGAAGAUACUAUUUAUGCAACUAUAUGUUAUGAUCAUAUCGAUAUUUUUUCCAGUUCGUUGAAUAAAAUACAUCAUAUUCCAUUGAGUUCAAAAACUGGACAUCUAUGCGGUCUUCGAAGAGGACCUAUCACAGAUAAUUAUAAUCAAUUAGUAACAAUUUCGUCUGUUGAUGGUGAUACAUUUAUAGUUGAUCGGCAUUUAAAUGUAAUUCGUUUUCGACCACCACUAUCAUCAAAUACAGGUUGUGGUGGUACAAAUGAUUCAAUAGCAAAUACAAAUUUUGUUGAUCAGAUUCAAGCAUUUACUUCAGGUUUAUUUGGUGAUAAUAAUAUGUUUUGUUUUAUUUAUGUAUUAACUCACAAUGAUAAAAUCAUAAUUGUACAUUCACUUGAAAUAAGUAAUUCAAGAACAACAAAUCUUUCAUCAGCAUUAUCAAAAAUAACAUUAAAUGAAAAAUUAAAACAAGCUGAUAUAACAUCGGAAAAAUUAAAAGAUUUACUACAUCCUUCUUCUUCUUAA